AUCGUGGACGGAGGCAUUAUGACUCAGAAAGAUCUGGGAGAAGCGUUAAUUGACAGCGCGCGCCCUCGCGGUCUGGAAGAAGCGCUCCGGGCCGGCGUGCCGCCAAUGCAAGACUUGCUGCUCCUGCUCCUCCUGCUGCUGCUCGCCUUCCAGGCGGUGAAGUUUCUGGUCUUCGAGUGGUGGCGACGGAGGAGGCUGGAACCGCCGGGCCCUUUCCCGUGGCCCCUUCUGGGCAACGCCGCUCAACUGGGCCGCGCCCCUCACCUAGCUUUCGGGCGCCUGGCGGCUACCUACGGCAGCGUUUUCCAGCUGCGGCUCGGCAGAUGGCCAGUGGUAGUGCUGAGCGGCGAGCGCGCCAUUCGCGAGGCCCUCAUCCGCCAAGGGGCCGCCUUCGCGGGAAGGCCUCCUUUCCCUUCUUUUCAGCUGGUAUCCGGCGGACGCAGCUUGGCCUUCGGAGGCUACUCCGAGCUGUGGAAACUGCAGAGGCGUUUGGCGCACUCGACCUUGCGCGCUUUCUCGGCGCGCCGCCUCCUGGAGCAGCCCUUGCUGGCUGAGGCGCGCGCUGUGGUGCGUCUCCUGGUGAGCGCUUGCGCCGGCGGCGCCUUCGUAGAUCCGUCUCGGAGCCUGGUGGUGGCCGUGGCGAACGUCAUGAGCGCGCUUUGUUUCGGCCGCCGCUACAGCCACACUGACGUCGAGUUCCGGCGGCUGGUGGGUCGAAACGAGCAGUUCGGGCGCACCGUGGGCGCCGGGAGCGUGGUUGACGCGCUACCCUGGCUGCAGCGCUUUCCCAACCCCGUGCGCUCGACUUUCCGCGCUUUCCGCGCCCUCAAUCACGAGUUUUACAGCUUCGUCCGCCAGAAGUUUCUCUGGCAUCGGAACAGCCUCCGGCCGGGAGACCCUCUACGCGAUCUGAUGGACGCCUUCAUCCGCCUGCAGCAAACGCAACCUGGCUUGCCUCUGGAGCAUGUGCCGGCUACCGUCACUGACAUCUUCGGCGCCAGCCAGGAUACUCUCUCUACAGCCCUGCAGUGGCUCUUGAUCUUCCUCAUCAGGUAUCCUGAGGUACAAACUAAACUUCAAGAAGAAAUAGACAAAGUCGUUGGCCGGAACCGCCUGCCCUGUGCUGAGGAUCAGCCCCAUUUGCCUUCUGUCAUGGCUUUCCUAUAUGAAUCUAUGCGUUUCAGUAGCUUUGUGCCAGUUACCAUUCCUCAUUUCACCACAGCCGAUACCAUCUUGAUGGGCUACCACAUACCCAAAGACACAGUGGUCUUCAUUAAUCAGUGGUCAGUGAACCACGAUCCAGUGAAAUGGCCUGCCCCAGAAGUUUUCAAUCCAGCAAGAUUCCUGGAUGAGAAUGGAUUCCUGAACAAAGACCUUGCUAGCAGUGUGCUGAUUUUUUCAGUGGGCAAACGAAGGUGCAUUGGAGAGGAGUUAUCCAAAGUGCAACUCUUUCUCUUUACUGCCGUCUUGGUCCACCAGUGCAAUUUCAGUGCUAAUCCAAAGGAAGAUUCUAAAAUGGAUUUCACUUAUGGCUUGACUGUUAAACCAAAGCCAUUUACACUCAGUGUCACACUUCGAGAUAGCAUGGAUUUGCUGGAUAAUGCUGUCCAGGGACUUCAGGCAGAAAAUGCAACUGAACAUUGCUUGUUUAAUACAUGAAUGCUUAGGUUUUAAUGUUGUCUGUAAUGCUAUGUAAGGAUUAUAUUUCUCCCCUCUUUUUUUUUAAAUGAAGCACUUAGGUAUACAAUGUGUUUUAGAGAGAUGCUAGGAAGAAACGAAGUAAGACAAUGUAUGAGUAAGCAUGGUGUAUUUUGCAAAGUGAUGUUUUACUUACCUCAGCAAAUCUUGCCAACCAUUUUCCAUAGUGUGAAUUUAAUCAUUAGUUUGCUUCCCUAAUUAUACUGUGGUGUUCCUAUACUUCGUUCACUUAUCUUUUUACUAGCCACCCACCCAAUUCCUUCAUUACACAGUUCUCCUGUAUUUUCUUUGUCUUUUUCAGGGAGGGGUAUAUUUCUCUAACAACAUUCUGUCCAGAAAAUGACAUGUUAAUGCUGAAGACAAAUAGUUUAAUCAAUAGAUUACAAAAUAGUACCUACUGUCAAGAUAAUGCACAUAAGCGCUAAGUGUCAGAUGGCUGGUUAGCUAACUUUUCAACCAACAGUUGAAUUGUCAGAUCCACUGUGUUAGGGGACAAAUUAAAAAAAAUGUAGGGAAUCAACUUCUGUAGUUGAGUGUCUUCCAGCUGUUAGGGCUCUCAGAAUUCUCAAUAUAUUGGUUUCAAAUGGUAAGAGCAAUGCAUAUUACUCCUAGAAGAUACCCAUCUGAAACCUUAAAUUUCAAUUCUGUUUUUUUAAAGAACCUACACUCACUUUCAGCAUUGACAUCUGCUAAAGCAGCUCUAGCUAAUAUAUUGUCAUAGGCUUGUAGUUGUAUUCCUAGUGCUCAACAAAUGUUGAAAUUCAAAUAGGAUUUUUUGUUUUUGUUGCUCAUACGGUAACUUUAAAAACAAAUUCAGAAAUGCUAAAUUUAACUAAAUGGGUGCAUUGCACUCCAUGUGCAUAACUUAUUGAUAAGAGAUGAUGCAUUUAGUAAUACAAAUUAUUUUUAUCCUUCUCAUACAUAUUUUCAAGGUAUUCCACAUAACCAGAUAUUAUUUGUAGUUCAGUCAGCAUUUAUAAAUCAGUUAAUUUAUCUGGGUUUCUUUAGUUAAGUGCUUUCUUAAGAAAUUCAUUUCUUUUCAGAAAUAGAACAAGCUGUCCUUGAUCAAAAUAUACCUAGAAAUAAUAGGGGAGGGGGAAUGGAUUGUUUGUGUUUUAAAUUAAUUGAAUGGAAAGUUGAAAGCUCUGUGAAUUUUACUGAUGAAAUCAGUAAAGAGGCAAAGUUCAAAGUUGUGAUCUUUCAUUUAAAAAGGCUCUUAGUUUAAAAAAAAGUAACAGCUUACAGUCGUUCUGUAUCUUGUAUACAGUUUGAGCGAUGGAAGAUUGGGAUGCCCAGAUCCCUUUGAGUUGACUGUCCUCCAUUGACCCCAUGUGAAUUUGUCACAAAGUCAUUAUUUUCCAGGUCAUCUAAGCCAAACUACCACAAACUAUCUCCUCUCCUAAGACAACCUGAGAACGGAACAUGGAAGUUUGGAAGUUGUCUAGGUUGGACAACUUGACCUCAGAUUUUCCAAAGUGAGUGUUCUAUGUAUGUGUAAACUACUAUUUGAGACAAUACCACCCGUGUUAGGAAAAUGAGGGCUGAACACAUCAUGCUUCUGAUUUACCACAGUUGUCAUAUUCCAUACAGUUUUAUCCAUAUCUACAUAACCUGAUGACUUGUGCUGAAGUAUAUUUUUCAGCAGCCCCAAGUGGCCAAUAGUAAUAGAUGCAAGAAGAACAUGAAGUGCCACAAGUUGCCUGUCCCAAGUAAAGAUUCUCAUGCAAUAUUGCCAAACAAUGUUCUGGAUUACCUUACAGGUUCAAGAUCUUAUCAAGUCUUAUCAGGGCAAUCUGACAAGUAUCAAAUUUGGUUUUGAGCAAAACACCCACAGCGAAUAAUAAUGUAGUGCCUUGCUUCUGUUUUUAGAUGUCCCAUAUAGAGCACUCAAACCUGCUUCAAAUCUGCUAAAAAAUGAAGUUUCAAAAAUCAUCCAGCUGUAUACAUUGGAAAAUGAAACAAUGGGUUUAUUAUUUACAGUGCAUUAUAUUGGCCUUUCCCAUUCUGAUAACCCUGCGUAGGUGUUAGAUUCAAUUUCCAUAAUACUCUGUCAGCAUGGCCUUUAAUCAUACCGGGAUAUUAGUUCAAUCCCUGAAAAGCAAGCUGUAUUCUAGAAAGCUAUAUUAUGUAAUCCUGCAGCUGUAUAGACCAAUGCAUUUGCCUGUGCAUUCUAUUUCUAAAAUUCAAAACAGCAAUAAACUCAUGCAUUCCUAUACUUAAGAAUUCUUAAUUUCAUAAUUAACUUUGAGAGAGAAAGCAUAGAGUUUACAAACAAAUUUAGAAAGAUGAUAUCAAUUAUUUCAUAAUCUACAACAAAUUAAAUUUGUUCUUACAGAACUUGGCCAGCGUCUGUGAAACCCUGUAUGAUUAUAAAUUUAUUAAUCUCAGGUCAACAUAGGAUUGAACAUGGGGUAAUAUUUUUAGUUAUGUAAAGAUGGUUUGUAACUGCAUGAUGUGUACGUUUAUGAAUAUGCAUAUAUAUUACAGAAUGUAAUAUUUCAACAUCACACUCACUGACUUUCUUUUAACAAAUGGCUGUAAUUUUGUUUAUUCAACUUCCCCAAAACCUUUAAAAUAUAUCAGACUGAUAAAACAGCAGGUAUAUAUGCCAACAGAAUUCAGUUACAUACAUAUCUUUUAAAAUGUUUAAAUCCUAUUGGACUUGAUCCAAUAUGCAUAAUGAUCAGUUCCAAUCUGGGUUGGUCACCACAACAAGAAGUUUAGUUUUCCGAGAUUUCAAGACUCCUCAGGGGAACUUCUCUCUCACCAGAAUGUGUUACAGUAAUGUGUCACGUUCUGUUAGAGAGAAGUUCCCUGAGGAAGGGCACCAACACAGGUCUUGAAAUCUCAGAAAACUAAAUCUCUUGUCCUGGUGAUCAGCCCAGAUUGAAUCUUGCAACAUUAUGCUGGGA